CAAACACACGGCGAUAAAUGGUGAAGAAAUUUGACUUUUUGAGGUCAAAUAUAGGAAUUAAAUUUUUUUUUUUCCCUUUCCUUUCCUCAUUUCCGCGUGGUCGGGCCUUAAAAAUGAUUGUGACAUAACACCUCUUUUAAUUAUUUUUAAUUUGACUCGGUUUUAUGUUUUUCUACAAUUUCGGCUUUCCUCUCUUUCCAAAUUGCAAUUUGUUCAUCUGUGUGUUGUUGUGGACUCACCCCACCACCAACAACAAAAAAAACACCACUCUUUCAGAAGAGGGCUUCACUGCACCUUCCCAAUCUUUUUCCUCCCUUCCUAACCACCAUAAUUUUCAUUUCUGCCUUAAUUUUUGUUCUGGGUCUACCUCAACUUAGUUGCUGUUGGUUGAUUUUGCUUCCAUGGUGUAGUCUUUUCUUCAUUCUUGGAGAAUUGUAUAUUGUUUCUUGAAGAUCCUUCUUGUUGGAUUUUCAUUGAUAGCUGAAGAUGGUUGCGGAGUCAUGGUUUCGGAGUUUGUGGAAACCGGCCAAGAAACAAGAUGGUGGCAACAAGGCAUUAAUAGGAGUGUUGGCAUUUGAGGUCGCUAGUUUAAUGUCUAAACAGGUUCACUUGUGGCAGUCCCUUGGCGAUAAACAUGUGGAAAAGUUGAGGGAGGAAAUGAUGAACUCUACUGGAGUUAAGAAGCUGGUUUCUGAAGAUGAUGAUUAUAUUGUGAGACUGAUAUGUGCGGAGUUAAUGGAGAAUUUGACCCAUGUAGCAAAAGCAGUGGCUAGGCUUUCCAAAAAAUGCAGUGAUCCUUUGUUAAAGAGUUUUGAGCAAGCUUUCAAUGAUUUGGCUAAUGUCAGCAUCGACUCUUAUGGGUGGCUAUUCAGUUUUAAGAAGAUGGACAGGAAGGUGAGGAAAAUGGAACGAUUCAUUUUGAUCAAUGCAAAUUUGUAUCAAGAAAUGGAGUCACUUGGGGAUCUUGAGCAGGCUCUAAAGAGAAUGAAAAGCAAUGAUGAUGCUGAUAGUAUUAGUUUGGUUGAGUAUGAAAAAAAGAUUGCUUGGAAGCUGCAAGAAGUAAAGCAUCUAAAGCAGAUAUCUGUGUGGAGCAGGAGCUAUGAUUACACAGUUCUUCUAUUAGCAAGAUCUCUCUUUACAAUAUAUAGUAGGAUAGGACAUGUGUUUGGAAUUGGUAAUGUGGUUGAGACGGGAGCCAAACAAUCUAAACCCCUUGCUUCUGAACAUAUUCAUCGCAGCCGCUCUGUAGUUUUCAUGCAAUCAUCUGUUCACCCUGCUGAGAAUAAUAUUUAUAGGUUUGCUUCUGGUCCACUAAAUCGAGUGACUGCAAACUCUGGCCCAAUGUUGAAGACGAAUAAUGGUAGCAUUUCUGGUUCCCUUCGCGAUUAUAUUGGAAUGUCCAGCUCUGUUCCAGAAAAACAGAAGCCUAUCAUCUCGUAUUCAGCUCCUCUUGGGAGGUCGAAAGAAACUACAGGUCCGCUUGAGAAAGUAAACAAAGCUGGUUUGAGGUUGUGGCAGUUUGUGAAUCAACCAUCACGUGCUCUAGGUAAGAGCCCGAAUGCAAAACAAAAUCGGUUGAUUACCAAGGGAGCAUUGAAUGAGUACAUGAUGGGUGGUAAUAGUUCUGCAGUGAACAAUGGUCAUUUGAAUUCAAGUUUAGAUGGAAAUAUUGCCAAUAAUGUUGCACAACUUGCUAACAACAAUUUCUUUCAUGGGAAUAUAUCUAUUUUGAGCUCCAAGCACAAGCUUUUGAAUGCGCCUCCAGAGACUCUUGGUGCUGCAGCAUUAUCAUUGCACUAUGCUAAUAUCAUUAUUGUAAUUGAGAAGUUAGUGGCAUCUCCGCAUUUGAUUGGUCAUGAUGCUAGGGAUGAUCUUUACAACAUGCUGCCAGCAAGCAUUAGAGCCGCUCUGAGAGCAAAACUAAAGCCAUAUGCCAAGAGUUUGAUGUCAUCUAUUUAUGAUACUGUUCUUGCAGCAGAAUGGAAUGAAGCUAUGUCUGGAAUACUUGAGUGGCUUGCACCCCUUGCUCAUAACACUAUUAGAUGGCAAACAGAGCGAAGUUUUGAACAUCAGAAUUUAGUCUCUAGAACAAAUGUGCUUCUCGUACAGACUCUUUAUUUUGCAAAUCAAGAAAAGACGGAAGCAACCAUUGCCGAGCUACUUGUUGGUCUCAACUAUAUUUGGAGAUUUGGAAGAGAACUAAAUGCGAAAGCUUUAAUGGAAUGUAACAGCAGUAGGACUUUUGAUGACUAUCUGGACGAUUAGGACUUCAUCUAUUUAUUGAGCAUAUACCGGAAGUAAUCUGGUUAAAAGGGUAAUAGUAAUGAUUCUGAGUGAGACUUGUUUGGAGUUUCUCCACUCUCAGUGUAUUUUUAUGCAAUGUAUUGAGGGUACAAGGUGCUCUCUGUGGAGAGCUUUCGACGGUGAAGUAACUGGAUUCAGUUGUAUGAUGCUCCUCUUGUAGGGCAUGUUACGUUCUGCUCUGAUUUCAUUUGCCGGAUCCAGUGUUAUUUGUAAAAACAAUAUUAUUGCUUGAUAGAGUUAGCAAUGUCUUUUUCUCCAUUUCUGUAAAUUCACUUAAUGGAAGUCUUCUCUUGAUAAUAAAUGAAUGGUUGAAAAUUAGCCUUCCUCUUAAAGCAGAGCUGACUCACUGUUAUUUUGGGAAUUUGGAUGUUCACUAAAUAAUCUGGUCAUGAUUUGAUAUCUUUUUGGUUUUACAGAAAAGUGGCAUGCUCCUUCUCUUCGGACUUUGGAGCGCCGUGUAUGUGCCUACGUUAUGUUCCUUUCUUGUUUUAUUGUUUGUAUAGUAGAGGGAUUCUGCAUUUGUAUGCAAGUUAUGAUUGAAUGUUUACUUCAUCUAAGAAUCUGAUGCAUAUUACUUUUUACAGCAGAUGUUCAAGGUCUAGUAACUCCCCUUAGAUAAAUUUUUGGAUUCCUAAUUGUGCAAACUUAGAUUACAGCAAUUUCCUGAAGGAGGCACUCUGAUGCGAUGUUUAUAACAGGCACUUUGGACUUUGUGUUCAAUAUUCCAUUACAACAACCAUCAGAACAUCUUUUUAUUGGUUCUAUUGUUUCGGUGAUGAGUUGAUUGUAUUGUUUCACUUCUGAAUCUGUUUGGAGAAUUGAAAGCUUUCACGUUGGUGAUGUGCAUCUGAUGAGUUGCUUGGCUAUAGGAGUUAAUAAUGCAAAACUGGAAAGUGCUGCGGGCCGUGAAUUCAGGUAAUCUUCCCAGCCAGGUAUGAUGCUUGUUCUUUAGCAGAAGGGAAAGAAAAUAAAUAAUAAUGAUUGACUUAAAUGUUCAUUUGGAACGCAAAAGCUUGACGAGAGUCAUCCAUAAGAGGAAUUUUCUUGUACCCUUCUAAUUGUUAUUUUUUUUACUACUUAUUUCUGAAUAGGUAUGCAUAUUAUUGAUAUCUUACUGAUUUCACGAGACUCUUUAAAUUUGUUUCAUAAAACUGAUUUGAACUUUCAUUUGAUA